AUGACGGGCUCCGUCCACUCAAAAGCCGGGUCUUUUGACAUCAAACGAGAUGUCGAGUAUGAGGAGGUCGCUCCCGUGCGAGAUGAGAUCCUCGAGCGAUAUCCGCUCAUCAAGGACAAGACUCCAGAGGAGCGAGCUGCCAUUGAGAAAUCUCUCGUUCGCAAACUCGACUGGAAGUUCCUCCCUAUGGUAACGGCCAUGCUUUUGAUGAACUAUCUUGAUCGAAUCAACGUCUCCAACGCUCGACUCGCCGGCAUGCAAGAAGAUCUUCACAUGACAGAUACAGUCUGGUCUACGGGCAUCUCCAUGUUCUACGUGGGCUACAUCCUCUCUCAGAUCCCCGCCAACGUUAUCCUCGCCAAGGGAACCCCUCGAAUCCUCCUCCCCAGCUGCAUGCUUGUCUGGUCUUUUGUAACUAUCUGCUUUUGUCUCUGCCGCUUCCUCAUUGGCUUUACUGAAGGACCCUUUGUACCUGCUGUGUCUCUCAUGACUUCUUCCUGGUACACUAAGCAUGAGUCCCCUAUGAGGAUGGGUAUCUGGCAUGCGGGAAAUACCAUUUCUCAGGCUCUUUCGGGUCUUUUGGCUGCUGGCAUCUUGACCAAUAUGGAGGGCGUCGCAAAUCUCCGAGCUUGGAAAUGGUUCUUGCUUCUCGAAGGUGCUGUUAGUAUCUUGGUGGCUCUCGUGAGUUUCUGGUUCAUCCCCAACUUCCCUGACUCCACGGGCACAUACUUCAUCACCGAGGAAGAGGCCGCUAUGGCUCAAUACCGUCAGACUGUUUCUGCUGGUGGCAUUGCUGAAGAUGAUGCUGGUGGCUACUGGGAUGGUUUCUGGAUGUGCAUGAAGGAGCCAUUCGCCCAUCUCUUUGCGGCCAUUCACUUCUUCUUGAUCAUCGCACAGUCAUACAAGGACUUCUUCCCUUCCAUCGUCGCUACCCUUGGAUUCUCUGGUACUACCACCUACCUCAUUCAGGCUCCUCCUCCUAUUAUCGCCUUUCUUGUGAUGAUGGGCAUCUCGUGGUCUUCUGGUCGACGACUGGAACACGGCUAUCACAUCAUCGUUCCAAUUCUUCUUACUCUAAUCGGCUGUGCUGUCAUGAUCACCACCCUCAACGUCGGCGCCCGAUACUUCUGCAUGAUCCUGCUCGUCGUUGGUCCAUUCGUUGGUCUCAACAUCCAAAUCUCUUGGGAGACAACUGUGGUCCCUCGUCCCCGUACAAAACGUGCUGCCCUCAUCGCCUAUGCCAACUGUGUUUCGUCUGUUUCACACUGGUUCACACCAUACUUCUUCCUCCGAAACCAAGAGCCUUACUAUCAGACUGGAGGCGGCGUUAUCAUUACAGGUUGUGGACUGGUUGUGGUUUUUGUUCUCAUCACAAAGUGGUACGUGACUAAGAAGAACAAGGCCUUGAAAGCUGCAGAGGAUGCAGCUGGUGAGCCUGAAGGUUGGAGAUUUGCUGGCUAG